AUGGAUACUGAUGAAUCCGAUUUUUAUGGCGAUGAUGAAACCACAUCACAUCUCUUACAGCGGGUAGCAGAUUUUGACGUGGAUGACUGGGCUCAGCAGCAACGGCUGCAUCCGGGCCGGCCUCUACUACAGGCGGAUUUCAUCGAGGAGGCUUCUCACUUACACAACCCGUAUUCCGGGAUUCCCUACGCCUGGCAACUCACGGAGACGAUAGAUCAUUUCCUCUCACGGCUGCCACCAUCAACGACUGAUCAGACGCCAGAGGUACCAUGGAUUUUUAUUUGCAACCCCUAUAUCCCAAGGGUCCACAAGCUGGAGAGCCAGGGUCAGUUCUCCAAAGGGAAUGAGGACGAGGCACCAGAGGAGGAUGGCAGUAAGACAGCGAUAGUCGCUCAAGGAGGCCUAGAGAGGCUUCAUUUGGUCAGCAAGUUCAUCGAAGGAAUGCAGAGAUCGGGAAAAGCAAAGGCCGUUGUGGACAAGGAGAUUAGAAAAGAGCAGAGGCAGGCUAUCGAUGACAUUCUAAACUUGGCCCACCUCGCCAAGGUUCGAACAGGCAAGUGGUUGCUCUUCUGCCCUGUGUCGGAGGUAAACGAAAUGUGGGAGAUCGUUGCAAAAGCUACUGCAAACAACGAGCUUGGGAUCGCUUCCAAGGUUGCGCCGCGAUCGCCAUUGGAAGAUCCUCGCAAAGAUCGUCUCCUUUGUAUAUACACGGCAGACUUUAGGGACAAGGCCGACGUUGGGCGUGUCUUGCAAAAGCUCCGGGAGCUAAAACUGGUCGAAUCUAGAGGCCGUCCCAUCUACUACAAACCAGAUGCGUUCACAUAUAUUGGCAUCUCUCAUGGCAAUGCCUGGGGCGUAAGGGCCUCAAUUUACAGCUCCACUGACGUGUUUCCGCGCCGAACAUAA